AUGUCAACGACUCUCUCCAGCUUUGGCGAAGCGCGCAAUGCGAGAUUGAUUGGCAAGAGAACGUUGGAAGAAUGUUUGCGGCACAUUGUGGCCUACUACAAGCUUCCCAAAUCUACGGUAGAGUCUGCCGACAAAGAGGCAUGGAAGCUGAGGGGCUUCGAGAGAGAAGUACGAGAUCUACUACUCAGCGAGAACUAUGAGCCGCCCACAGACGAUGUCCUGUUGGACAGAUUCGGAAUCGACUGGUUCAAGGACUCGGGGACGCUGCAGCUAGCAGUCGAGAAGCGCGACAUGGAAACUGUGAAGAUGUUGCUAGAAGCGGGAGCAGAUGUCAACGAAGAUGUCACUGACUGGAACACGGACAUUCGUGAGCAUCGAGCCGCCCCAUUACGAGCACUAGCGAUGGCUAUGUACGCUAAAUCUGAUGACAUGAUCCGAUACCUUGCAGAGCAUGGGGCAAAGGUCCCGCGCGAUUAUGUCGAAGACCCAUACAACUACAAGCGAGAGGAAUUCAAGCCCUUCAGGAAUUUAGUGGUAGAGCUGGGUGCUGUGGAAGAGUAG